AUGCCACGUAAGCUACGUAAGAAUAUACGUAAGAGGAAGAGAGCAUUGAAACAUCCAAUAGUAAAACUGACACCACAACAACAGUUGCAACAACAAAUGCUGAAUGACCCCACUAUGUUGCAACAAAUGUCAAGCAAUCCUAUGCUUUUAAACCGAGUUGUUGGUGCACAGAGUGGAGGUUUAAGAGCGGCACUUUUAGCGAAAAUGGCAGGCUAUGGUGGAGCUGCAGACGGAACAGCAUAUAACCCUCAAAGUCAAAUGAAUUUGAGUUCACUCAAAAAUCAAAUAACAGAUGUCAAAAAGUCAAGCAUAGACAUACAGAAGCAAAUAAGUGAAAACGAAAAGAAACUAGAAUAUGACAGACACACAAAGAAACUCAAUGAGUUAAACGUAGAGAAAAAGAAGAAAGAAGAACAACUGAAAGAACUAAGUACAGAGGAAUAUGCGAAAAAAGUGUCAGAAAAAGCAGCAGAAGUAGCAAAAAUGGAACAAGAUGUCAUAAAUUUGAAAAACCAUACUACUCAAUAUAAAAUACUGAAAGAUGAAGAGAUAAAACAAAAAGCCCUGAAGACAUAUAUGGAUAGCGAUGAGUAUAAAAAAGAAGUUGAAGCAAAUGUAAAGGCAGAAAAACUUUUACAGUUGCAAAACCAAACCGUACAGUAUGAAAACUUAGCACAAGAAAGUAAAAAUAACGACGCAGCCAUGCAAAAGGCAAUGAAAAGCGCAGAAUAUAUAAAAGCUAACAAUGACUGGUUAGAUGCCCAAGCCAACGCUAAAGCAGCCCAACUCAUAGGGUCAAUAAGGACAAAAAUACAAGCGGAUGAAGAUAGUUCAAAUGAAGCUUUAACAAAUGCUGACUUUAAGAACGCCUUCGAAGCUCUUCAUAGUAAGGUGAAACUAGUGAACGACUUCUCAUCUGGAAAGAAACUGAAGUCUGAAGGUUUCGACAAAGAGUUAAGAGAAGUAGCACAAAAUAUGACGAAAAUAACAGAUGCAGCAACGAGACAGGCAGUUCAAAGUGCCUAUGACGCCGUUAGAGCAACUGUUGUGAAAAGUCAAGAAAAAGAGUUACAACAGACCAAAACAGACCUAGUAAAUGCUUUCUUAAGAACGAAAAGUCAGGUAGGACAUUACGCUGCAGAUGGAACAUAUGUGCCAGCUGGUGGAACUUAUAUACCAGCUGGUGGAACAUAUGUGCCAGCUGGUGGAACUUAUAUACCACCAAACCCUCCAAGAGAAGCACCUGCACCAGGACUACCUAGAACAUUUACAUCGUCACAUGGACACAGACACAGGCAUGCACAACAACCAGCACAACAACCACCUCCACAACCAGCACAACAACCAACACAACAACCAGCACAGCAACCAACAGUUCAAAACCCUGCACAACAACAACCACAAACAGAGCAAGGACAUAAAAGA